UUUUGGAAUCGCGAAGCAAAGGAGCGUGCGGUGCGCGGGGGGCCGAAAAUAACCCGGGCCGCUAUGAGGAAAGGAGGAAGAGGAGGAAUGUAGGCGAUGGAGGAGGAAGAGGGUCGCCCAGUCUUUAGAGCUUUUGCUUUUGAGUUCAGUGCGUUCCACCUUACGGAGAACACGAGCUCUACGUCCUCUGAGCAGCCGAAAGCGUCGUAGCUGGGAACCUGGAAAUAUGGCUAGCCCGGGGCCAAAGUUCGUGAACAAGCAGUUCAACUCACCUAUUAAAUUGUAUUCGCCGCAGACGAUCCAGGAAACAUUGGACCGACAGACCCAGGUCCUUUCCAACGGUGCAGUCGGGAUCGACUUCAACCAGUUGGCGAAGCCCGCGAAUCUGCAGAACAGCGCCGUGCUUCGGAUGCUCGAGGAGGAGGAAGCCAGGCAACGGGCGGGACAACCUGGUCUGAAACGAGUCGCUUGGCCCCCAGAAUCCGAGGAUCAAGAGUUCAUCUACGUGGAGCAGAGCCCUGUACAGGCGAAGACGCGCGGUGAGUUCGCCUCCUACCAGAGCAGUCCCGUGCCGGCCGAGUCGCCGCAGCCUGCGUCCCAGAACUUGAAGGCAGCAUCCCCGUCUCCAGUGAGUCCAGGAGGGACUCUUCGGCAACCCUCGCAAUUCCAAGCCUCGCCUAAUAAACCCUGGAAGCCGGUCACCCCGCCAGCAACCUCGCCGUUGCUGCAGCAAGCUCCUGACCAGCCCACCUGGGGUCAGCCCGGCCAGGAACAGGGAUACAGAGUACCACCCCAACAACAGCAGAAACAACCUGUCCAAGUUUACCCUACCUCAGGUACGACUGCAGUGUUCGAAGCGCCGCCCUCGACGAUUACCUUACGAUCGGAGCCACCGAUUUCUCAGCUACCGGCCCCCGUGUACCAGGCACAACCGGCUGCGACGAAGGCGCCCGUAAGCGGCAACAUGAGAGGUGACAUGAAAUGGCCACCGGAAUCGGUGAAGGUCCAGACGGAAGCGGAAAACAGAGCUCGACUGGAGCUGGCAAAGGGUCCUGCAUUCAGGCCACGCCGUGUCCAGAAAGACUACACGGGAUUCUUCGCCCAGCACGCCCUAAACAGCACCUAUCCGGGAUACAGAGCUCCCCCGGGAACUCAGUACUUCACGCCGGCCUAUCAGCAUUAACAAAACCUCGUCCAUCGUUAAGUCGUUAAAUAUCUUGCGCGUCCCCGUUUCCUUGGAAGUUUGUUUGGCUCGGAUGCUCGCAAACAUGGCCACGAUGGUCCUCCUCGUGGUUUUCGCUCGCCAAUGGGAUUCGCCAGCAUUCCCCGCGAGUUUGCCCAAUCCGGUCGUCCGGAAAAGCUGAGGAAAAUGUCGUGACAAGUCUUCACCGUUCGCUCGCCAUUAAUGCUCCCGAAUUGACGGUUCAGUUCCAGCUACAUUAACUUUUCACUGACACCUUGAUAACACCGCGUCUCUCGUGACAUUGAAUUUGUCAAUUGAGAAACGCGACGUCGAAAAUGACGAUGUGACAUCAAAUCGAGUCACUAAUCGAUCCUUAAUGUUAAAACGAAAUUUACCCCUUAAAAAAAGAAAAAAAUGUACAUGCACUACCCCCACACGUGCCUGAAUUUGAAUAAUAUAAUUUGUCGAAAGGCAAUUUUACCCCCGAACGAAAACCCAUAAUCACGAGAAUAUCAUUGAAAUCUGCUGAGAUAUGUAAAAUAUACAGAAGUUUAUUUAAGUA